AUGGAUGCUUGGAACAAUACAACUUCUUUUGCAGCAGAUAGUCUACUGGGAUUCAAUAGUCAACUCCCAGACAUUUUAAAUUUAUCUGAUCCAUUAUUGGCCAAAAUAAUCACAUCCAAAAAGGCAUUACAAUUAUUAGAAUCGAACCUUGUUUCUGGAGUUUCUGAAGAUGGAGGGGAAAAUAGUAGUAACAAUGCAAAUAAAGCUAUUAUAGAGUUGUUGAUGUCGGCAUGCGACGGCGAUGUUGUUACUUUAGAGAGCAUAACUAGAUCUAAUCCACACAUUGUCAAUCAACUAUUUCCUAGUGAUGAGAAUGGGGCAACAGCAUUGAUUUAUGCAGUAUGUUUUAACAAUCCCGACAUUGUUGAAUCUUUACUAGAGAAUCACAAAGCUGAUCCUGAUAUCCUGGACUCAAUUGUCAAUUAUACACCAAUUAUGUGGGCUGUUCAUCUUAAUUAUUUAAACAUUGUUAAACUCUUGCUAGACCACCAGGCAGAUCCCUUUUUGUCACCAAAAGAUGAUGGCAAAAAUGCAAGCACAUUGGUAUUCCCGGAAAACGCAGAAAUGUAUGAAUAUUUCAGAUCACACAACUUGUUAAAAACUAAUACGGACAACAGUAACGAUAUUUACCAAGCAAAUUCUUUUUUGCCACAAGAUGAUUAUGAAGAUGAUUUGAAUACAAAACUCAGAAUGCACACUAUUACUGGCGAUACUAUUACCAACGAAGACGAAGAAAACCAGGAGCCACGAGUUGUUGGAGAGGAUGAAGAGUAUAAUUUAGCACAGGACCCAAUACUCCAACAACUUCCUGAUUUUGAAUAUGAUAAACUAUUACCGGAACAGUAUAUAAAAUUUACAGACAGCGAUAUACCAACACUAUUGAACUAUAUAUUUGAUUUGAGAUCACAAACUACAUAUCAGCACAAUACCAAAUUACCUGCUGCUAUUGUUUUCCAAUUGGUUAGAUAUUCAGCUUUGAAAGUUGAAUCUACAGAGUUGACGGAUUUCUUGUUUGAUUGUUUUACAGCAAGAUUGCGAACAGUCACAAACACCAAGUCAGGUGCAUUUAACAUGGCAAUCCAAGAUGAUGGUAAACCUGCCAACACAAUGGGAGCUGGUGAUAUAGUAUUGUUAAGUUAUUGGUUGUCUUCAUUACAAUUUUUGCAUUUCUAUUUUGGUAAAAACAACAUUUAUUUAAAGUACCCCAGAUUUUUGCAAGAAUUAAUUAAUUUAGUCCAAUCAUUAACAGCGACAUUAUCCUUCUCGAUCAAUUCUAGAUUAAAUUUACUUGUUGAUGAUUGUAUUAUUAACUUUACUAACCUAGUCGAUGUUUCCAACGCAUUGUAUGCCAAAGAUUGGAAUUUGUUUAAGAAGAAUAAGUCACAUCCUAACACUUAUGAUGAUAUUAUGAAUACAUUAUAUCCACCUACCCAAAUGGAAUUAAUGAAACCUUCACCAAUUAGAUACUUGCAAGUUUUGGGAGCUUUGGAUUAUGUGUUGAGAAUUCACAAGGUUGAUAACUUACUUCGUCUGGAAGCGUUUUCACAAGUAUUUUAUUAUAUCAAUUGCACAAUCUUUAAUCGAUUGAUUAGUCAAUCUAAAUACUGCUCCCGUGCAAAAGCCAUCCAAAUACGUCUUAAUGUAUCGGCAAUUGAAGAUUGGUUGCGUUCCCAUAAUACGAAAGUGUAUAGGACAGAAACUAUUGGUGGAUUGAAUAAAUUGCUUGGUGAUGCAGAUGUGAAAUUGCAUAACCUUUUGAAUGAAGAUACGUCAUCAGAACAUCGCAAGAACCCACAUUAUUUACAAUUUUAUUACAAUUCAUUAUAUCAUAUUGGCAAAAAUCAGUUACAACCAACCAUUGAACUUUUACAAUGGUUGCAGUGUAUGACUUCAUUAUCAGAUGAAGAAAGUUUGAUAAAUACAAUCAAUCAAUUUGAUUGUUUAAAUUAUUACCAGCUUUUUAAGGUUGCUCAUAAAUUAUACAAAUAUGAAGUUAAUGAAGUAAAGUUACCAAAGAAAUUAAUUCAAGUGAUCAAAUCGUUAAUGACCGAACAAGGCCCCAAUCAAAUUCAAAGAUUGUUUUUGCAUUAUAUGACACAAACAACAUUUUUGUCGAAAGAGGAAUACAUCUACUUAAACCCAAACUACAUUUUUGAAGUUGCAUUACCUAAUUUAACUGAAUUAAUCAAUAGUUAUGGAGCCGGUCUUGGUGGAGUUAGAGUACUUAGAAAUAAAAAGUACCAACCGUCAUUGCCAAUUUCUAUUAUGGAUGACAUCGAUGAGAGGUUGACUGAGAAUAGGUCAUGGCAAAAUGAAACCUACGAUUAUGACGAUAAGAAUGAUGACGAGGAUGAAGACGACCAUAACGGAAAUGGCGAUUCUGGAUCUGUUGAUCCAGGUACUUUUGAAAAGAAACCGGCACUUACCAAAGAUAUUGAUGAUUUCAAAGGAGAUGAGUUAUUCAAACAGGUGCAAAUGCCCAAUUCGUUGCUUCAUAAAAAUUGGGGUGAUUCCUCAACAGGGGUUGAAGAUUUUGAAUCCAAUCCAUGGUGA